ACUGUAUCUAUGGUGUGUGUUAUAAUCUGAACUUGUGUAAAUUGGUGGAUUUUGCGAAUUUCGCUGUGGGUGCAUGGGUGCAUAUUUUCGGCUGUACAUGCACAAUAAUUUCAACUGGGUGUUGAGAGGCUACUACAAGCUCGGGGAGACGCUGUCGGCAUCAAGCAGCACUCGGGAGACUGACAUGUCGCUGUGGCUGCAGGAAGGCAAGCUGCCCAAGAGUAACUAAGCCCACGCACUCACUGGAAUGGUUUACAUCAGGUCGGCAGUUUGGUUAUUAGCAACUGGUGGUUUGGGUUACACGUUGAUGAAAUUUGCUGACCCCAAACAGAAAAAGGUUUCUGAUGAUCUUUCAGCAACUGAUCAAACUUCUCCUUCUGAAGCUCUGAGAAAACGCCAAGCUUUUAACGCUAUUCUUCUUGGAGCUGCUAAUAAGAAAGACCCGUUAUAUCGAUUGAGCGCAGAAGAAUUGGCUGCUGAGAAAGACAAAAUUAUUUCAAGUUCUAAAAAUAAGAAAUCAUAAAUGAACUAGUUUACCAGUUGACUUGUAGUCGCUAUAUUUAGAGUUUGUUGAGUGUUCAAGGUUGUGAAGAUUAUAGAAGUAUUUGUGCUUAGUAUAAUGGAUGAGGAGAAUGGAGACAGUUUUAGGGCAGUAAAAGACAGACUUAGAAAACGGGAAGAGAAACGGCAGAAAGAACAGGAAAAGAGGCGGCUGGAGAAGGAGGAAACUAAGGUAGAGACAGAGAAAGUCAGCUAUUUCCAACAGGCGUUUAGCGAGCAGGCUCAGGAAAUUGAAGAUAAAUUGCAGGAGCUGAGUUCUGGGAAAAUCAACAAGUCUCUGUUGCCAACUUACUUCUACGAGCUGGGCAGUGAUCUUGCCGCCAUGGAACAGUUUAUCGCAGCUUCUACUUUCUACGUGCGCCACUACGAUGUGCGCAAGUCGACCGAGAUGAUCCAGGACUUUGAGAAGCGCUUGAGAGAGUUGCAGGACAAACUGCUCCCGAAGAAGAAGUUUGCCUUCAAGGGCAUUGCGACCAAAAAAAAGAAAGCUGCGGGGGAGAAAAUAGAAGACGCGGUGGACGGUGUGGUGAUCUCGGAAUCGCCUUCCAAGUCCAAGGUUCUGGACUACGCGGACAUGGGCAUCGGGCACUGGAAUCGGAUCGGCGAGGUGCUGACCUUGACGCAGGGUGAGGUGUGCAAGGAGAGCGUAGAGCUGACGGACCUGCAGGACUGCACGGUCAAGGUGACGGGCACGCCCAGCACCCUCCACAUGGUGUCCUUGAAGAACUGCAAGGUGCUCUCCGGCCCGGUGGCCACGUCCAUCUUCGUGGAUGGCUGCGUAGACUGCACCUUCGUGGUGGCGUGCCAGCAGCUGAGGGUGCACAGCACGUCUCGCUGCGACUUGUACGUGCACGUCACCAGCCGGACCAUCAUAGAAGACUGCCACGACCUGCGCUUUUCACCCUACAACUUGAAGUACGAUGACUUGGACAAGCACUUUGAGGUGGCCGGUCUCGACCCCAACAAGAACAACUGGACCAUGGUGGAAGACUUCAACUGGAUACUGGCAGACCACCCUUCUCCCAACUGGAGAGCUAUGAAGGACUGCGAAAAGAUUGACCUGGGCUGAUGCACCUUGACGACGACCUCUUUCUUUCUUCAACUUCUCUCCAUGGAAUUCAAUCUCACUUCAUUAUUAGUUUUCUAAUAACCCCAAUGAAAAAAUUAUAUAUUUUGCAUUUCCAAACUGGUUUAGUAAAUCUGCAAUGCUAUUCUUGCUCUUUAUAAUUAAAAAUGAGGACAGAAUUUUAUGGCAUUAAUAAAUAAUAAUUCAGAUAAGAAUUGUAAUGUUUUAUUUGUUUCAAAAACAUUUUAUGUAUAAGCCACAUUGGUUCUGUACCUUCUUUACUAUUUUUUAUCACAGUUCUCUUUUUAAUAAAUGUUCAAUCAUUACUCCACAGGUUAUUUGACUUAACUUUACAAUGACUUUAUUUUUUGCCAUCUCCUUGAACUUAUUAUGCUUUACACUUAAAUAAUGAUUGAGAUUUUAAAAUAUUGUGUAAAUAUAAAAUAGCAGAUACUGUUAAGUUUUUUAUGUAUAAUACCUUCAGUUUUGAUGCCUUAAAUGAAAGAUAACAAUCAUACAACCAAAAAACUAUCUUUGUUUGGCAUGUAGCUGCUUUCCAUCAUUGUUAAACUACAUAUUAAAUUUAUUAUAAUUUGAAUUAUUUGUAUGGAUUUUUUUUUACUACUGUGUUUACCUGAAUCCAAGACAAUCUUGAAUUAUACAACAAAGAUUUAUAAAAUUAUUUGUUCAUCAGUUAGUUACUAAGACACUCAGGAUUAUUGUAGUUUUAUUUUGAUUUGGCACAUAAUAAAAUAUGAAACUGCCUGACAUAAUAUGUUUUCAGAAAAAAGCCAUGUUUAUGUCAAAUUCCAAAAUGUUGAGAUUAUUUGGGAUGCUCUAAAUGUACCUAUUUUAUUCAAGAAUGAGCGAGUAAAUACUGACUACUCAAUGAUACAGUGAAUAUGAAUCUAAAUCCUGUUUGUGCAAUGAUUUCAUACAUUUUGUAACGAAAAACAUAUAGAACUCAGAUAAUGUGUUUCAUAUGUGAAGUUGGAGAUAUUCAUUAUAACUGCAGUAUUUGCCAAAAAAAAAAAAUCACUUUAACAAUUAAUUACAUAUAUAAUUCAAACUUCUCUUCAGGCAAACAUUUUACACGUGUUCUUAAAUUUUUUCCCUGUGGGUUUGUUGUUGCACAAUUAUGAUAUAUUCAUAGCUGCCAACUCGUACGAUUUUUUUUCUUAUUUUGUACUAAUAUUUGUUGUUUGUACAAUUUUGCGAAUUAUAUAAUUAUUUUUCU